AUGUCUACAAAGAUCGAAUACAAAUCACAGGUCGAAGACCUUCUGGCCAAGUACGACACGUUCCUAUUUGACUGUGAUGGCGUGCUGUGGCUCGGCGAUCAUUUGCUGCCAAAAAUUCCCGAGACAUUGGACCUCCUUCGUUCCAAGGGUAAGAAGGUGAUCUUUGUGACCAACAACUCGUCUAAGUCCAGAGCUGACUACGUGAAGAAGUUCAAAAAGUUCGGCAUUGUUGCCACCACUGAGGAGAUUUUUGGCAGCUCCUACGCCACGGCAGUCUAUGUGGACAGUAUCUUGCAGCUGCCCAAAGACAAGAAGGUCUGGGUUUUGGGGGGAUCUGGUAUUGUUGAUGAGCUAAAAUUGUUUGGCUACGAGUCUCUGGGAGGUGUUGAUCCUAGAUACGACGGUCUUCUAGACAUGAACGAUCCAGAGUCAAUGAUUUACAAGAUCGAUCCAGAGGUCGGAGCGGUGGUUGUUGGGCUCGAUACCAAGCUCAAUUACUACAAGCUUGCUGUCACCAUGCAAUACCUCAAAGAUCCAAAGGUUCCGUUCAUUGCCACAAACAUCGACUCGACUUAUCCGUCAAAAGGCAUGAAACUCCCGGGAGCAGGUUCGUGCGUUGAGUCAGUGGUGUGUGCCAGCGGAAGACAGCCAAUUACCAGCUGCGGUAAGCCAAGCAAGGGUAUGAUGGAUGCCAUUGACAAGGCGCACAAACUGGACAAGAGCAGAACAGUGAUGGUCGGCGAUAGACUGAACACCGACAUGAGAUUUGGUAGAGAGGGAGGACUCGCAACAUUGCUUGUGCUGACGGGAAUUGAGACCGUUGAGACUUUGAAAGAGCUCAGCAAGGAUGAGCAGCCCACGUACUUUGCCGAUAAGCUGGGCGAUUUGUACGAACUGUUGCAAUAG